GAGGGAAGGAAAGUAGGCGGGCUCAUCCAGUGGAGGCUGCAGUGAUUGGUUGACUCAUACCCUCUCUCUCUGUGGCGGAGCCUCCGUCACUCUCUCUCUCUCUCUAGUCUCUCAUUCAGUGUCUCUCUCUCUCUCUCUCUCUCUAGUCUCUCUUUCAGUGUCUCUCUCUCUCUCUCUCGUCUAUCUCUCAGUGUCUCUCUCUCUCUCAGCCCCCUCUCUUCACCUGAACACUGGGCUGCAGCUGUUUAUUCCCAGUCUGUGGUUUUGAAGUCAACACCAGCAGGUAGCCUCUCUGUUUGAGGAUUUAAGAGUCAGCAAAGUGGGGCUUUAGGCAACUUAUAAUAAAGCGCUGAUGAACGUGUCUCUGCCUCGGCCUCCGAUGGCCACGCCGCCAACUUCCUUAGUCCAGGCAUGACUGUCACCCCCAAAAAAUCCAGUCCUCAGCCUGCUUCCUCUUCUCACAGCACAAGUGCCAGAUCUGAUCCAGUGCAGAUGGAGGACGUCGACGGCCUCCGGGUGAAGCCUCUCUUCCUCUCAGAGGACUCGCUGUCACUGGCUUCCUCCUUUGCUGAACCCAUCAACCCAGAAGAUUCCCAUUAUGCUCAGCUGCGAAGUGAUCUUGAGUUCGAUGCCCAGAACCUGGAGGCGGAGUCCUGGAGUGUGGCUGUGGAUCAGAACUACCUGAAGGCCCUGAACAAAGAGGCUGUUAAUAGACAGGAUGUCAUCUAUGAGUUGAUGCAGACGGAGAUGCACCAUGUGCGCAACUUAAAAAUCCUCCUCUACGUCUACAUGCACGAGCUGAGGCAGUCCCACCUGAUCGAUGAAGCCAGACUUGAGUGGCUCUUCCCCGGAGUGGACACCCUCCUCAGUAUGCAUCAGCACUUCCUCAAUUUCCUCAAAGCUCACCAAUGUCAAAGUCAGGAGGAAGGCAGCGCCAACAGCUACCAGAUCACACAGCUGGGGGACAUCCUCAUCUCACAGUUUUCAGAUCAACUGGGAGAUGGGAUGAUGGAGUGUUACAGUGUUUUCUGCGGCCAUCAAAAAGAAGCCCUCAGCUAUUACAAAGAGCAGCUGCAAAACAACAAGAAGCUGCAGGUUCUUAUCAGGAAAUUACGUCAACUUCCUCUAGUGCGAAGGUUGGGAAUCCCUGAAUGUUUUCUAUUGGUGACCCAACGCAUCACAAAGUAUCCCGUCCUGGUGGAGAGAAUCAUACAGAACAGUGAAGCUGACACAGAAGAGUACAAGUCUCUGGUACAAGGUUUAGUGCGAAUCAAAGACACCAUCUUCCAGGUGGACGCUCAGGUGAGUGAAUACGAGAAAGCUGCUCGUCUGAGGGACAUCAUCCAGCAUCUGGAGGCAAAGUCUCAGGGUCGACAGAAGGACGGCAAAGUGUUCCGCAGAGAGGAUCUGAUCCAGGGAGGCAGGACGCUGCUGCACGAAGGCACCAUCACCUGGAAGAUCUCUGGCAGACAGAAAGAGAUCCACGCUGUGCUGCUGUCAGACGUGCUCCUCCUCUUACAAGAGAAAGAUCAGAAGCUUCUGUUUGCUGCUGUGGACAACAAACCAUCAGUGAUCUCCCUUCAAGGGCUGAUCAUCAGGGAAGUGGCCCAUGAGGACAAAGCCAUGUUUCUGAUCUGUGCCUGCACCUCCAGCCUGCCAGAGAUGUACGAGAUCCACACGCGCUCCAGAGAUGAACGCAUCAGCUGGAUGACGCUCAUACGUGAAGCUGUGGAACAUUACCCACAAGAGGAGCAGCAUCGGGAGCUGAUCGCUAAACUGCAGCAUUUUCAAGAUGCUCUGAGGGAGAGGGAUGAGCAGAUAAUACAGAGUCUGGCAGGGAAGCAGCAGAUCCUUGCUGCUCUCUUUGAGAGUGUGAUGGAGCAGGAAACGCCUCACAAAGGCCUGCUGCUCCGAGGAGAUGCUACUGACCUGCAGCAGGGGGAGAUGCUCCUCAAAGGAGCCAUUGAUGAGGUGGAAAACCUGCAGAACCUGCUCUGCUCAAGAAUAAAAGACCCAAACCCUCCAGUGGACGAGAGUGAGAUGCAGGGAGGGAGGCUGAGGCGGGCCGAGACCUUUGCAGCUGGCGACGCCGACUCCUAUGCAGACACCAUGAGCAGUGGGGAUGAGGCUGAGAGGCCUGGCAGCAGCGAGGACAGUGUCUCGUACAUCAGUCGCACCAGCAGCAAUCCUCAGCUCCAGGAAGUGUUCUGCUCUGAAGGCGUGGAACAGUCUGCUGAUGACGACAUACUCCCUGAGCCAGACUUGAAUCCAGCCUCCAGUCACUUCCCUCAGGCAGAGGUGUGUGACAGGGUCAUAAUGCUUGCACAGAUGCUCCACAGCUUACAGGCAAUCAUAGCCCAGCAGACCAGCCAGCUCGAGCUGCAGCGUGCUUUUCUGUCCAACACCCAGCAGCCCACUCGCCAUUACAGCAACGUGCUGCUCGAGCGGGAGAAACAGCGCAACGUGGAGAAGCAGAGGGAGGAACUCGCCAACCUGAACAAGCUGCAGGCGCAGCACCGAGAGGAGCAGCAGCGUUGGGAGAAGGACAAGGAGCGGCAGAGGAUUCAGGUGGAGGCUCUGGAGGCUCAGCUGCAGCAGAGGGAGGAGGAGUGCAGCAAGUUGGAGGAGAAGCUGAGCGGGGAGAAGGGCGAGCUGGAGAGGCAGUGGGAGAACUACCAGCAGGACCUGGAGAGGCUGAGGGAGUCGACGCAAUCGGUGGAAAAGGAGCGCGAGCGUCUGACGCAGGAGAGGGAGCGUCUGGAGCAGCUGCAGGAGAAGUUCAAGUCCAAAUUAUUGCAGCUUCCAAACUCAGGACACUAUGAGGAUCCGGCACAAAGUCUCUACAGUUACCCCUCAUUCAGAAGCAUCCUGAACGGAGGUGGGCGUGGGACCCUGACUCCAAAGCCCAGCAUCUUGCUCAUCUCCAAUCCCAUGGAAGUUCCUCCAAAGGUUCCACCGCGCAGAGAGAGCAUCCACCCCCAUGCGGCCAAAUCCGAGCUGCCCCUCCACCUGAUCAGCACCACCAACCAGGUGCUCAAACCCCCGGCCAUGCAGCAGCAGAUCCCCACCAAGCUGGCCGCUCUGUCCAAGGGGAAGGACAAGGGCUCCAAGAGCAAAGGGUCUCACCAGAGAACACACAGUGCAGCCUCUAUAGAUGUGAACCAGGUGCUGCCCAUCCGAGUGACAGGGAAAGAAGGAGGCAGCAUGAGAGCCCAGAGGAACGCCAGCCCUCAGGGAAUCUACCAGUCGGACAUCUUCAAACCUCCAGGAUCUGCCCACAGUGUGAAGACGUCUCCGUCGUUCAGCACACACAAGAAGAGCAGCAGCGACGGUCCUCCACCAGCACCACCUCCUUUCCCCAAAGAGGUUCUUGAAGCAGGCAAAGAGAAGGUGAUCUUCCUUUAAGCACAAACCACAGACUGGAAAAAAAAAUCAUGGAAAGAAUGAUGUGAGCUGUGAAAAGAGACUUUGUGUGACUUCAGGAUCCCACAUGUGACCAGUAUGAAGAGGCCAGUCACUGGUACUUAAUCACUGGAAACCAGAAGAAUCAGCUGAACAUUGAAAAAAGAAAUAUGAUGGGACAUGGUUUAUUAGGAAAAAAAAAAACAGAUGCCCAUUUGUACAUUCAGGAACAAGAAUAUUUUAUGAAUCUUUUUUUUUUUUUUUAAAGAUGUUGCUGAAACUUUCCUGAGUAUCUUUUUAUCAAUUUUUAUUUUAAAUGAAAGUAGGUUGUCUGUAACCUUUUUAGCACUCGUGUCUUAACUUAUAUGCUUUUUCUUUUUAAUUUAAUGAAUGAUGAAUACGUUGUGAAGAAGCUAUAGACUCAAUAAGUUUACAUCUGUUUAGACCUGAAGUGCCAAGCACAACAUUUUGUAUCAGAAAGAAUCAAAUCCCAUUGAAGUGUGUUGGUAAAGUAACAGGGUUUGUGUAAGAAGCUGGAGUCUGGUUGUAAAGUUACACUUUGUAUAAAUGAUGAGAAGCGAA